GUGGCGAAUAAGAAUGCAGGUCGACUGUUUGUCUGGACAUGAGUUGUUUCUGGAAUGGAAAAAGUUCAUCGAUGGCCAGAGUCAAAACUAAUGUUGCCUCUUUCAUAGUAGUCUAGGGGGAUGCUCGAAUCCAGAACUAUAUCCUGGAGUUCGUCCCGCAAAGGGCAUGAUUCCUGCUGUCCAUUCUGAACUAAUCCUCCCCAUCGUUUUCGUAGUACAAAACAAUCAUUGCCAUUGUCAUUGGGCCUCGACAGCAGCAGAAACUGAGAAACAUGAGCCCCAGCCUCACUUCUAGGUCUGGCUCGGUGGUUGGUAAGUCGCGGUUGCUCGCGAUCACGCUGAUAUCGCUGAUAGCUGUUCUGGGCGCGGUACUGCCGCCGGCUUGUCGAGGGCAGCAGUUCGCAGCCAUCCCAUGCACCUCCUUCGCGAUCAACGGCACUUGCGUUUGUGCCAGCGGCUACGAGGCGCUCAACUCGACCGGUACAUGGCAAUGUGAAAACAUUGAUGAAUGCCUUCAAGAUACUCACACUUGCAACCUCACAGUCACUGUAUGCCAGGAUACAGCAGGCGGCUUUGCUUGUCGCCAAUGUGCUCCCGGCUUCUAUCCAUCCAGUGGUCAAUGCGUUCACAUAACACAGUGUACAGGGCAAGUGUGCAACAGUACAGGGUACCAGUGUGUUGAAGGUCAGCUUACUCCACUAUGCGUAUGUGAUGAGGCUACUACCAAGACACGUGGACACUGUGCAGUGUCAUCGAAUGGUUGCGCUCAGCUGAUCGGAACAUCUAGCGAGAGCAGGAUAAGGCUUGCAACCAAGGACCUGCAGAGUGUGUUAGCAGCUAAGUCUGUCACAUAUAAUGCACAUCUGACAUACCUGCUCUUUCCCAGCCUGAAUGUGACAUGUAACGGUAGUGUGCUGACUGGUCUGUACUUAAGAACUGCCAGCGCUUCCGUACUGCAGAUCACAAUCUGGCGUCAGGUGUCUGGUCUUUUACACUACCGCCUGGCUGGGUCGAGUGUGGUGCAGACAAACUCCUCGCUCUACACGCAGUUCAUUGAACUGAAUGAGACGGCCGGUGUUAGUGGUAUACAUGCAUUUACUAACACGAGACUCUACGUCGAGGAAGGUGACUUCAUAGGAUUGCAGGUGGCAAGCGGGCUGGGAUUAUCAGCUGGACUGGGGUGUGGAACGUCAGAAAUCGGUGUGCAUGCUGAGAGGACUGGUGGAGGGACUCAGGACGUUGACAUGCUUUAUCCCACUGUCUCCCUGGCUGGCAAGACAGCUACAACUGUGUGUGUAGACACGCUGUAUGCCAUUCUGUCGCCCAAUACCACCAACAUCUCCCCACCGCCUGUAUCGUACCCUACCACAACACCAACUACUACACCAACUACCACACCGACAACUACACCAACUACCACACCAACCACAACGCCAACUACUACACCAACCACUACACCGACCACCACACCAACCACCACACCAACCACCACACCUACUAACAUGCCAACAACGCAGCCACCAACCACACAGCCAUCAACAACGCAGCCACCAACCACACAGCCAUCAACAACGCAGCCACCGACAACGGAGGCACCAACCACAUUGCCAUUGACAACAGAGACGACGACUGCCAGACCAAGCUCUGCUGCUGCAGCGACUUCAUUCUCCCCUGUGACGAUGUCGUCCCAGACUGACCACGCUUUGCCAGGACAAACCAGCGCCAGGGGUAUACAGGAUGGUCAAGUCACUACACCGCAAGUUACCCAGACCUCAGACGAGGAAAGCAGCUCGAGUCUGUUGACGGCGACAGUCCUGGGCGGAGUCAUCGGAGCAGCAAUCUGCCUGAUAGUGCUGGGUACCAUCAUACUGCUCCUGUUCUGCAAGAGACGUUCCACCGCGUCGAAGAGCUUCACACCUAGCAGUAGCCGUGGUAGCAAUGCCAUGCAUCAUGCUGGAAUGGAAAUGCAGACGUCCUCGGCAGCCCUCGUCACAAGCAACCCAUCCGCUCACCAGGCUGGCGGAUACAGCGAGGUGCCGCGUUCGCAAAACGCAAGACCAGCAUCAGCCGUCGUCAUGGCAGCAGGGUCGGCCUCGGCGACAGCGGGGGAGGGCUCCGAGAGUGAGUACGACACGACGCUGACCACGGUGGAUAAAUACCAGAGCGUGGACGUGGACACGAAGGCACAGGUCUCCGAGUACACACAGCUGCGCAAACAACAGCACGGCCACUCGGCAUCACGCAGCAAUCAUCGCAGUGACUACGACAUGCCAAUCAGUUGAGAUAAGCGUAGGACACAUUGCCAGAUGAUCGAGUAUUGAUUUAGAAUUUAUAUGAUUACCGAUCUGAUAGUAAUGAGAUACACGAUCCUAUUAUACUGAGGUGCGUGUGUGUGUAUUGUAUUCAUAAUCAGAUCCGCUAUCGUUGCUAUAAAGAGAAAUCUGUGGGUGCACAUCCAGGGCAUUUGCAGAUUUGCGUGCUUCUCUUGCGACGGGCGUAUACAUGGUACAUGGUAUUAUGUGUGCACGAGCAUGCAAACGUGCACAGGACAAUCAGGCACCUCAUUUCAAUCUGUUCCGGACUUUUCAUCGUUCUUUACUGCUGCGCCAUAUUUGGCCAAAACAAAAUACACAUACACUAUAUUUACUAACUUGAGAAUGGUAGUAAUUACGGAAUUACGGAAUUACAGAAUUACAGAUUAUUAUCACAGAAUCCGAAGUCUCUGACACUUACAGCGUUCAUUAUUACUUUCCACUAUUAGCCUUUAUCACUCUCUUAUUAUUGACCCCCACAGAAACUUGUGAUCUCUAAGCGGUCAAAUAUCAGCAUAUAUUGACCGCUUAUAUUGACCACUUAUUAUUGACCACUUAGCCCGAGGACUUAGAACUUUUUCCUCAACUUAGAAAAAAAUCAGAACUGAAAGAAGAAAAAUCUGAAGCCAAA